GGUUGGCUUUGGACUAAGAUCCUCCUGAUUUCUGUGUCCUGAGUAGUAGGAUUACAGGCAUGAGCCACUGGUGCCCAGAUCUCAAACGAGUAUAUAUAUGAGUGUCUUGUUUGUGUGAGCCAUGUGUGUUAUGUGGUAAGGUAUUUGUCCUUUAUUUUCAGGCGCUUUCUUCCCACUUUUAAAAAUUAUUAUUAUUAACACGACUGUUCUGGUAGGAAAUGGCUACAUUAGUUAGGGCUCUUGGGUGUAAGUAAUGAACUAGUUAUAGCAAAAGGAAAUUUGUUAGUGUGGUGUGGUGGUGCUUACUUAUAAUCUCAGCACUCAGGAGGUUGAAACCUGAGGAUUUCAGCAUUAAGGCCAGCAUGGACUAAAUAGGAAGAACUUCCUUCCUCCCUCCUCCCCCCCAAAAGGGGGGGGCACGUACGGGAUGUGAUUCUGGUGUGAGACUUAGACACACCUGAAUCCGGGGGCUCAAAUGGUGGCUUCAGAGCUUGUUCUCUAUCUUGAUAGACCUUGACCCUCAAAGUCAAGAUUGUGUAUACUCCCAGUAGAGUUCUCUGAUGGUAGAGGAUUCUGGGUUGGAUAAUUGCCCAUUCCACUUUAUAAGCUACCUUGGGUCAGGCAGGCACCUUUGGGUAGUCUUCUGUUCUCUACUCAGUCAUCCCAAGUAGUAACUGUAGCCUGCAUUGGUGGUAUAGUGGUGAGCAUAGCUGCCUUCCAAGUAGUAACUGUGGCAACAUAUUUCUUCAUUAGUCCUAUGAGGCAUACAAGAUGGAUACUUGUUGAACAGAGAUUAUGGAAGUACAGUGUAUCUACCUCCUUGGAGCAAGAAAUUUUGUAUGGCUGAACAAGGGAAGCUCAUUUUCCAUACUAGAUCACAAAGUAGAAGUAGUUGGAAUCAGUUUUAAAAUGAGUUGUUCAUGAAGAGAGUAAAGUACACAUCUGUAAUUGCUGUGCUUGGGAGGCUGAGGCAGGAUUGAGUUUGAGGCCAGCCUGGGCUAUAUAAGUGAGGCUUUGUCUCAAAAAAAUAAAUAAAUAAAGUGAAGACAGUAAUGGAUCUGUAUUCCAAAUCUGGUAGAAGAAAUGCAAGACAUGGUUUAUUUUGCCUUGUGUCCAGCACAGAAGUAUGCUGUAGGGGCUCUGGAAGGAGUCAUUUGGGUGGGCAAGUGGACCUAGGCUGCCUUAGGACUCAGUUUGGCAGGAAAUAGCACUGAGGGAGCACAAGGAUGAGAUUAUCUAAGAAAUUUCAGGAAAGUCUUGGAUUAGAAGCCAGGUGGGUAAGAAGUUUCAGUAAAGGCUUCCAUGAAUGACAAUGUAAUGGAGGACGUUUCACUACACUACCUUCAGCUUUUUCCAUGCUUUUGAAAGCUACAGUUGUAAUUUUGCUAUUUGUUGUUUCCAUAGUCAAGACCUUGUAAAAUCUGCUACUUGGCAUUCCUUUAGUAUUACGAAAGACCUACUUAGAUUUCCAUAAUCAAAAACAAGUGUUAAAGUUCUGUUAUAAUUUUCCUAGAGUUCUAUUAGAGUAAUUUUCCUAUGGGUCUCACUGUUGGAAAUAUUCAGUCUUUAAGGGGCUCAAAAUUGAGAGUCCAAUGGCCAAGAAUGAGACUCGGCCCUGCUUCUCAUUAGCGUAUCAGUUCUUUUAUUUUUUUGGUGGGACUGAGGUUUGAACUCGCCCUUUGUGAAGCAAGAGCAUCAGUUCUUAACUUAAGGGGAGGUCAUGGAUCCCUUGAGAAUGUGUAGAAUGUUGUGGAUCCUUUCCAGAAAAAUGCACACAUGCAUGAACAUUGAACCCUAAGUACCAAGGAGCAUGUUUCUGAAUUAAUUUUCUGGAUUUUACUCUUAGGUUUGGAGAUUUGUGAUGUUAAUUAAGACUCUUGAUUUUGAAAACUUUAACAUGCAUCCUGCUUUUGUAGAUAUUUACAAAUUUAUGACUCAAAACCAGUCUUUAGCACCUAUUUGGCUUUGUCCUUAUAAAACUUCACCAGAGAUUUUUACAAAUGUCCUCAGGUUACCUUUGUGUCAGUGUUGUAAACCUGCUCAGAGACCCUGUUUUUUUCCCCCACCUUUUCAGUUUAUGCUCUUUCACGGGGAUGAGGAAUUUCAGAAUGGGUGUAUUGAAACUUCUGCGGAUAAGAAUGGUCUUUAUUCUCAGACUCCUCCCUAAGCUGCUCUCUUCAUAAAACUGUUCCCAGGAUUUGGUGUCUACUGGAGCCUCUGCUGCACAGGUUGGAAAUGUGGUCCCAGCUCGAGAAGACCAGGCACCUGUAGGGGUGAGAACAUUGGUGGUGAUUUCUCCUUCAUCAGGGGAAGUGCUUUCCUGGAAUAAAUGCCACGUACCUACGCAGCAUCCUCUAAAAGCUUGCAGGUGGAAAGGGACCAUGCAGGUUUGUAAAACAUCUUUAUUGAACCUUCUCUCCUGGGAACUCUAGUGCUCAGUGCCCCCACUGAUUUCUGGCUUGUUAUAACUCCAUAGCUCUGCCCCUGGCUACUGGUAAGUGAUUUCUCAUUCCUUCUGGAUGGUGAGUCUUGGAGGAAAGCAGACAUUGGAACCCUUUUAGUCAGGGCAUGGAUUGCCUCUGCCAGCCGACCUAACUAGUUCCUACCAGGGGAGAGUGUCUGGUGAAGAAUGUGAUGGGAUCACUAGUAUGUCUGCGGAGAGCGGCCCUGGGACGAGAUUGAGAAAUCUGCCAGUAAUGGGGGAUGGACUUGAAACUUCCCAAAUGUCUACAACACAGGCCCAGGCCCAACCCCAGCCAGCCAACACAGCCAGCACCAACCCCCCACCCCCAGAGACCUCCAACCCCAAUAAGCCCAAGAGGCAGACCAACCAACUGCAAUAUCUGCUCAGAGUGGUGCUCAAGACAUUAUGGAAACACCAGUUUGCGUGGCCUUUCCAACAGCCUGUGGAUGCCGUCAAGCUGAACCUUCCUGAUUACUAUAAGAUCAUUAAAACACCUAUGGAUAUGGGAACAAUAAAGAAGCGCUUGGAAAACAACUAUUACUGGAAUGCUCAGGAAUGUAUCCAGGACUUCAACACUAUGUUUACAAAUUGUUACAUCUACAACAAGCCUGGAGAUGACAUCGUCUUAAUGGCAGAAGCUCUGGAGAAGCUCUUCUUGCAAAAAAUCAAUGAACUGCCAACAGAAGAGACUGAAAUCAUGAUAGUCCAAGCAAAAGGAAGAGGACGUGGGAGGAAAGAAGCAGGGACAUCAAAGCCUGGUGUCUCCACGGUACCAAAUACAACUCAAGCAUCAACUCCUCCACAGACCCAGACCCCUCAGCAGAACCCUCCGCCUGUGCAGGCCAUGCCUCCCCCCUUCCCUGCUGUCACCCCAGACCUCAUCGUCCAGACCCCUGUCAUGACAGUGGUGCCCCCACAGCCACUGCAGACGCCCCCGCCGGUGCCCCCUCAGCCACCACCUCCACCUGUUCCAGCUCCCCAGCCUGUGCAGAGUCACCCACCCAUCAUCGCAGCCACCCCGCAGCCUGUGAAGACAAAGAAGGGGGUGAAGAGGAAAGCUGACACCACCACCCCCACCACCAUCGACCCCAUUCACGAGCCACCUUCACUAGCCCCAGAACCCAAGGCCACCAAGCUGGGCCCCCGACGGGAGAGCAGCCGACCUGUGAAGCCCCCAAAGAAGGAUGUGCCCGACUCACAGCAGCACCCAGUGCCAGAGAAGAGCAGCAAGGUCUCAGAGCAGCUUAAGUGCUGCAGUGGCAUCCUCAAAGAGAUGUUUGCCAAAAAGCACGCUGCCUAUGCCUGGCCUUUCUACAAGCCCGUGGAUGUGGAGGCGCUGGGCCUGCAUGACUACUGUGACAUCAUCAAGCACCCCAUGGACAUGAGCACAAUCAAGUCUAAACUAGAGUCCCGUGAGUACCGAGAUGCUCAGGAAUUUGGUGCUGAUGUCCGACUGAUGUUCUCCAACUGCUAUAAGUACAACCCUCCUGACCAUGAAGUGGUUGCCAUGGCCCGAAAACUCCAGGAUGUAUUUGAAAUGCGUUUUGCCAAGAUGCCGGACGAGCCUGAGGAGCCAGUGGUGGCUGUGUCCUCCCCAGCAGUACCACCCCCCACUAAGGUGGUGGCCCCGCCCUCAUCCAGUGACAGCAGCAGCGAUAGCUCCUCCGACAGUGACAGUUCCACUGACGACUCUGAGGAAGAGCGAGCCCAGCGGCUGGCUGAGCUCCAGGAGCAGCUUAAAGCCGUGCAUGAGCAGCUUGCAGCCCUCUCACAGCCCCAGCAGAACAAACCAAAGAAAAAGGAGAAAGACAAGAAGGAAAAAAAAAAGGAAAAGCACAAAAAGAAAGAGGAAGUGGAGGAGAACAAGAAAAGCAAAGCCAAGGAGCUUCCUCCCAAAAAGACAAAGAAGAACAACAGCACUAACAGCAGUGCGAGCAAGAAGGAGCCAGCACCCAUGAAGAGCAAGCCACCUCCCACGUAUGAGUCGGAGGAAGAGGACAAAUGCAAGCCCAUGUCCUAUGAGGAGAAGCGGCAACUGAGCCUGGACAUCAACAAGCUUCCUGGGGAGAAGUUGGGCCGCGUGGUGCACAUCAUCCAAUCACGGGAGCCCUCACUCAAGAACUCCAACCCUGAUGAGAUCGAGAUUGACUUUGAGACCUUGAAGCCGUCCACACUGCGCGAGUUGGAGCGCUACGUCACCUCCUGUUUGCGAAAGAAAAGGAAACCUCAAGCGGAGAAAGUUGAUGUGAUUGCUGGCUCCUCCAAGAUGAAGGGCUUCUCAUCUUCUGAGUCGGAGAGUACCAGUGAGUCCAGCUCCUCUGACAGCGAAGACUCCGAAACAGGUCCUGCCUAAUCAUUGGACACGGACUCUUAAUAAAACGGUCUUCAGUUCCAGAUUCCUUCCCAGCAAGCUAUAGCUUAAGUUCAUUUUCUUCUGUGAAAGGGACAGGACUCCAUCAAGUUAUGGAAUUUCUCAGAGCCCUGGGCCUGUCCCCGGGGGUGGAUUAGUCAUAUCCAGCAGCACACGCCUAGUCCCGCCUUUGGGAAGGCUGCCUGCCUGGCCGGCUGCCUGGGCCUCUCUGUGCAAAGACUGCCUGGCUGUUCCACCCAGCCUUCCUGGUCGCCUGGGGUCCUCUGGGUGGGUGACAUCUCCUAGAGGGUGACGACAAUCCUAUCACACACACACACACACACACACACACACACACACUUACAUGUGGUGCUGCUUGGUGUGCAAAGCCCAAUCAGUGUAUUUCCUCUCUUGGUCCCUUCCCUCUUUUUCUGAGACUCCGGACCCUAACUGUGCUUCCCUUUGGGACCUCAUGGUGGUUUUAGCCCAGGAAAGAUUCUGAUUCAGCCUAAGGAAGAGUGCUCUGACCUCUUGAACGUUCCCAAAUGAGGAUUGGGAGCUUUAGAAGUGAGGCCAAUUGGACCCUUGAAGGCUCAGUGGUGCCAUCCUUGCUGACUUGAUUAGCUGGAGGCUAUUACCAGCCACAGCUGCUGUCAGCCUCCUGAAGUCCUGCUUCUGUCCCCAUUGUUCCCUACGUUUCUGAAUGCUUAAUUUACCCUGGUGCACAUUUUACCAACUUCUUUGGCUUCUUCCUUCAAGUCACAUAAGAAAUGUACCUUUCCUUGCUGCUGUCAAGGGGCACUUAGGCCCAUCAGCCCCACUCCCAGCAGGGUUAGGAUCUGGGGAUUGAGCAAGAGAGUGUCACAGUCCCUUGUGGACCACCACAGUGCACCUCUGAGGGCAUAAUCAGCAUGGACAUCCUGUGUGUCUCCAGUCCUCCAGAUGACGUCAGCAGCUGGGGCUGGGGCAGGCAGGGGUGGCCACAUUGUCCAAGUCCUUCCAGAGGCACCAAAUAGGCUUUUUUUGCUCUAAAAAUAAGCAUCAGCCCUUUUUUGGUCAUGAAUCCAGCAUCUCAGCAGAAAACUGCCUGGUGUGAAAAGAAAGUCUCCUGAGGAACUGCAUCUGCAAUUCAGGAGGGUUCUCGCCCUCUCCCCCCAACCCUUUUAAUGUAUUUUAUAUGUACUACUGAGAGGCCUGUGUCUCUCAGGCCUGGCACCUUGGUGUCUUAUCCUGAGGCUGCCACCACCUCUCCUGCCUGAGGAAGCCCAAUAAUCUCCCUAAUGUCUUGAGUCUCUGAACCAGACCUGCUGUGGUCCCAGCCUUCCCAGAACUUCACAGGACCCUGCAGUGAUGUUCCUGAGUUUGUAGGCUGCUCCUGAUCCUCUCUCUGGGUAUCCAGCUUCCAGUCAGCUCCAUUUGCCAAACAGACUAUUUUGAGCUGCCCUUUGCCCUGCGCCCAAUGUGAUCCCAGUGAACUUGGCUUGGCUGGGAUGUGGGGGACUGGGGGAGACUUUCAUGCCCAGAGAUUCCUAUAGGACAGUUGGGAAGCUGCUGGCAUUGUCUUUCUGGUAAGAUUCUGGUAUCUUGAACCAAAUGGCAGCCGAGAUUCCCACAGUAUCUCAGCCACAUGUUACCCCUGCUCCUGCCCCUCCCCCCCACACAGGCAUGCACACGGGCUGUGGCCACAUGCCAGCUCUUCUGCAGGGGCCUCUGAUUUUUGCUAUUCAGGGAACCCAUCCUUAUUGCCAGUGGGGCUUCCAUCUGGUACAGAAUGCUCAAGACCUGUUGAACUUGAAAACUCUUUAGACUUAAAUUGUCAUUUAUACUUGGUGCCCUGGAAACACAUCAGAAAGGACAGUGGCCACCCACUCUUCCUUGUCAACAACCUCCUGGGCAACAGGAGGUGCCAUUUGAGGGCCUCAGUACACCAGCUGGCUGUGGGUCCUGUGGAGGAGCUGGCCAGGGCAGUGGAGGGCUCCUCCCCUUCCCUCCUGCCUUCUUCCCAUCCCCUCUCCUUUGCACCACACUGCCCUGCCUUUAACUCACCUUUCUGCCUCCUUCACUGGAGUGGGGCCAGGUGGCGGGGGGAGGGUGGAAGAAAUCAGUGUUUAAUCAGAUUUUACAAAAAACAUUUUAUUUCUUUGUACAAUUUCCAUCCUAUGUAAAGAUGAAAUUUGUGUUGAGUUAAAGAUUGUCAUGGAAUAAAGAUCUCACAGUAUUUGAGGCCAUCUCCAUGUAACCCUUUCUAGAGAGUUUUGUGUGGGGGUGUCUGGGUCUGGUGUAUUGUAAAGCUGUGCACUUCCUGUCUUGUCUUCUCACCGGUAACUCCAGCACAGGGUAUGGGCCACAGGAGCCUGAUGGGGCUGUCCCCCAACACACUCAAGCUGCCUGUCUGGGCCCAGGGACCUGCCUUGUGGUUGCACCUUCUCUCCUCUGGAGACAAGUUCCAGGAUACUCCUCAUGAUCUUUCCAAAAUGGCAGAGACUUACUCCCUGGAACCCCACAGGCCCACUGCACUUGAUCUCAUGCCUGUUCUUGUGGGCUUCUGCUCACAGCCUCCAGGGAGACAGUGAGUAGCUGGAGCCACUAUCCCUCUUAUGUAAGUGGAAAAAGCAAUUCUCUGUUCAAGGUUGCCAGACAACAGGCCACCCCAGCCUCACGUAGACACCUUACCACCACUCCGCUCAGCAUCUGGGCAUGCCCCUUAGGCUUCUCCAAUCCAGACUUCACAUGACCUGGCUGCUUUCCCUAGCUUCCCUUCUCAGUGCCCACCCACGUCCCCUCAAAGGUGCACCCAGCAUUUGAGCAGCCACCCUGGUAUGCCACUUCUUACACUAGAAGCCCUGGCCUCUUCCUCCCACUCCCUUGACUCAGUGGCCUCUACUGCUGAAACAUCAGGUCUCUGCAAGACCUCACCUCCUCUGCCAUGCAGGGCCCUCUGGUUUUCAGCUAUUCCACAGCAGCCAGAUGCCCUGUUGACCUGAUCCACAAAUCUUCCCAAACCAUCCCCUUUUGCAUCUCACCCACAAGAGCGUUCUCUCACCAGGUUUCUUACUGAGUCUUGGCAUCCACAUCUCAGGCCUUGUCUUUGGUUCACAUAUCCUAGAUAUCCUCACUUUCAGUACUUGGCCAUUUGUAUGAGGAUGUGUGUCUGCUGCUGAGGUCUCUGUCUGUGUCUUGUCUCUUGCAUGGAGUGGUGAGCUCUUGCAGGGUACAAGGUCUCUUCUCAUCCUGUUGGUGCAUGCUGCACCUCAAGGACUACGCAUCUCACUGGAGCUUAGCAUGGCUCUCAUAAAGCAGCUUUAAGCAGAGAGGUAGCCUUGCCUUGGGCAAAACAUUGUCCUCUUGACACCAGUGGCAAAGAGCUCAAGGGAAGCCAGGCAAAGCCACAAGGUGCCUCUUGAUGACAGAAUCAGAAAGGCCUUACAUCAUGUGUGCAACCUUCCACCUGUUGAUUGCAAGCCCUGGAACACUGGUUAGAGUCGUCUCCUCUAGGGCUUGUACACCAUCCAUAUUUGUCCAGGUGCCAUCCAGCUGGCAAAAGAUAUUCAUUGGCCUAAACCUCUGGAAUGGUAGCACAGGUGAACACCUCGUGGAGUCAGGCACACCCUGGCCACAACACAUAUGUAGCACUAAGCCUUUGGCCCCUGAGCAGCCAGGGCACUGCCUUGUCUCUGCAGCAUGUUGACUGACCUGGAGAGGGGACUUCACUGAGAUCUGUCUCCCCAAGGAAGGGGAAGGCCUGUGUCCUCUGAUGGCAGUGAGCACUUGUCCCAUUUAAUCCUGGUCACUCUGGGGGAGCCAACCCACUUCCUUCCCUCACACUGGGAGUCCUCUGCAUUCCCACUUGCCCAUCCAUCCCAUAGCUCAGUGGCCAAGGUAUUCCCCGUGCCAACUGCAUUGGUGUUACUCAGUCCCAACCUGAGCCACUCUGUUUUCCCUAGGAGGAUGGAAAGGCAGGGUGUGGGGCGGGUUCUGAGAACUGUGCUUGAAGACGCCCAGGUUGCUGUGUCUGAGUUUUGUGACCAUGAACAAGUCCCCUCACUUCUCAAGAGUUCUGCUUUUUUGAACUUUCCAAUAAAUGGGAUCAUUUCAAAUAUUCCAGGUUUCACAACAGCAGGUUGGAGUCCAGACUGUGCUGACACUUGUUCACACCAAAGUUUUACCAUGAAAUGGGGAGGUGUCUCAAUAGCUUAGCUUCCCAGGUAUCCAGAGGAUUAUACUUUAAUGGCAUCCGUGGUCUGAAGCUUGGCAGGGGAGGCUUUUUUCAGUCACAGCCCCCUGAAAAAGAAGCAGGCAGUGGGGUAGGUGACACCCCACGUAUCAUUCCCUCCCCAUGGUGACCAACUUGGUCCUGGACCCAACCUGGAUGUCGUUGGUCAGUGUCACUGGCCCUUGUCCUUAACACUCUCGUGCCUUCUUUUUUUCUCUUCUGCUUCCAAGACCAGGUCGUUAGCUCCCUCAGAGCCUCACUACCUUCUCUUUU